GGAGACAUCAGAGAGGCUGUACACAGACUGCGCCAUGAACCAUAACAAGUCUGAGAACCAGAAUGUGAGUCCGCCACUUCCGAACAGCGGCUCGGGGAGCAGCGUGGACGAGCUGGUUAUCACUUCCACUUUUGGGACCUUGCUGUCGGUCGUCUACUUAGUCGGUGUGUCGGGAAAUGUAUACACUCUGGUAGUAAUGUGUCACUCUAUCCGAUUCGCCACCUCCAUGUACAUUUCCAUCAUAAAUCUAGCGUUAGCGGACCUCCUGUAUCUCUCCACAAUCCCGUUUGUGGUGUGCACCUACUUCCUUAAGGACUGGUACUUCGGAGAUGUGGGCUGUCGCAUCCUUCUUAGCUUGGAUCUGAUCACAAUGCACGCAAGCAUCUUUACCCUCACUGUAAUGUGCACGGAGCGCUACCUGGCUGUCACCAAACCUCUCGACACAGUUCGGCGCUCCAAGAGUUACCGAAAAGCACUGGCAUGGGGGGUCUGGCUGCUCUCGCUUUUCCUCACCGUACCUAUGAUGAUAAUGGUCACAGAAACCACCAAGAGCGCGCCGGACGGUGCGGUGAAGAGGAUGUGCGCACCCACCUGGGCGCCCCGGGCUUAUAAGAUCUACCUGACCAUUUUGUUUGGCACAAGCAUUAUGGCGCCCGGAUUGAUAAUUGGUUAUCUGUAUAUGAAGUUAGCUCGCACGUACUUAGAGUCCCAGAAGAACACGGUCAUCAACAAUAGGAACAAGCGCUCCCCGAAGCAGAAAGUCUUGGUAAUGAUUUUCACAAUAGUUCUGGUAUUCUGGGCUUGUUUUCUUCCGUUCUGGAUAUGGCAACUGUUUCCAUUGUACCGCAACAAACCGUUAAGUCUUUCGUCUAACACGCACACCUGUAUUAACUACCUGGUCGCCUGUCUCACCUACAGCAACAGCUGCAUUAACCCCUUCCUGUACACCCUUCUCACCAAGAACUACAGGGAAUAUUUGAAGAACAGGCACAAGAGUUUCUACCGCUACACCUCGUCAUUUAAGCAGCGCACUCCCAGUCUCUAUUCCUGCGGGAAGUCGCAGUCCUCCUCAAAUCAGUUCGAGUUUAACUCAGAGAUGCUGGUGAUGGGGACUCUGCAGGGACAGUGAGCCAUUACAAAGGGAGAGUGAUUUUGGAACUGCAAGGUAACCAGUCGAUCGGUACCAAUUGCACGCACCGGGAAGUAGUUUGAUAAAGCUAUACAGUACAUUGGCAUGGCUGAUGCCGGAUGGGUAUAUUAUGACUGAUCCGUGAUGCCCUUCAUUCUUUCCUUCCUUCUGAUAUAUCU